AUGCCUGGAAAUGUGACAGAGGGCCUGCCAAAUAAUUGCAGAAAUAUUGCGACUCGGUUGGAUCGCGAGCGAGUUGACAACGACGCGCAGAAAUUGACGAACUCGCUGAAGGCAAUCGGUGAGAUCUGGGACAACUACGACGAGAACAACUAUCGUCAGCAAAUCGAUGAGACUAAGGGGCUACGUGGCGACUGUUGCCCCAAAGCGGUCAAGGAUAGCGACGCCGUGGCCCCUCUGCUGGAGACUUUGCGCCGCGUGGCCAGCGUUUUCCUCUUGGAUGGCCUUGAUGAAGAAGCAGAGGCCAGGGCCGUCCUCACUCGCCUGGAGUUGUCCAACUCUCGCACGCUCGUCGCGUUUCCAGAGGUUGCCGAUGCUUUUAAAGCAUUCUGCGAGUCGUGUCGAGGCUUCGACUUGAAGGAGGCCAAGAAGUUGAUCGACGCUGCGACUUCUACUGGUAUCCUUAAGUGCUGACGUUUGUGCUUGGGGAUGGUGUCUUUAA